UAUUUCUAAAUCAUACUUUCGUACAUUAAUAUCAACUCCUAUGUAUGUAUGUUGGUACAAGGACCAACUCAAAUCAACCCCGAAAAGCACCAACAUCGACCCUGCACACUGGGAAGAUAUCUCAGCAAACAGACCCCUGUGGAGAAAUCUUUGAGAAAGCCCGAGUCGUAAGAGCUGAACUCAAGAGACAGGAGAGAAAGCACUGCCUUCUCCUUCCCAAACCAACCCCUUCUAUCCCAUGUCCACAAUGUCCCCGUAUGUUUCAUGCAACCCUUGGAUUGCUAGCUCGGAAACACGAGGCGCAGCCAACUAACGUGUACAUACAGAUCCACACACUCAUUCAUUCAUACAUACAUACAUACACACAUAGGAGUUGAUAUUAAUGUACGAAAGUAUGAUUUAGAAAUACUAGAUAAAAAAAGGGGCGGGUCAGUAUACAGUUUCGUAUUCGAACACUUCGUGGUUGUUAUGUAUUUUGUUGGGUGUCUUAAGCGACAGGGUCAUACCGACGUCCACAUCCUUCUCGAAUGCAGGUAACCUUUUCUACUGAAAGUAGAUAUGACAAGUGUGAAGGAGAGGAAGUAUGAAUGCACCAGUUGCAAAGAGAAGUUUUUCACACAACACUUCAUGCAGUCACACGUCCAGCGUGUACAUAAAGAUAUUCGGCAGUACCAUUGUGAGGUUUGUGGCCAGCAUUUCAAGCUGUUCAGCACUCUCUCUGUUCACAAAGACAUUGCUCACAGGAGCAACAAGAAAUGUGAUUCAGAUACCACCACCACCACCACAGACAAGGGCCUUGAGAAAUUGAGUACUACUUCUGAGGGCAAUUCAGCCACAUCAUCGCAGAGUUACGGAACCAACAGUGAUGAUAAUGGUGAUGACACAGAAAACAGUGAUAAGCUAAUAAUGGAAUCUACGUUUUCGAAACAUAUAGACGGAGUGAAGUAUUGGAUUUGUAAGUUCUGCAGUAGUGCUAAAUUACAGCUGCCCUUAAUGAUACCCCAUGUGGCAAAGCACUUGGGCAUGACUGAAAGAAAACACAAAUGCAGUGAAUGUGAGAAGAAAUUCAAAACAGCAAAGUGUUUAGAGAAGCACAUUUUGAUGCACAAUGAUACAGUGAGGCCGUUUAAGUGUAAAUACUGUCAAAUGACUUUUCGUCUACAUCUGCAAUUCAACCAGCACAUAAAUAAACACGUUGGGGACAUUCGAUGUUGUUGUCUCCAGUGUGGACGGUUUACUGACAACUUGGCACAUCUUAAGACACACAUUCUUAAAGCUCAUGCAUUCUGAUAAUGAUAACAAUCCUUUCUUCAAUAGGCCCAAGGCUUGAAACAUUUUGGGGUUGAGGCUGAGUUGAUUACAUUGACCUCAGAGUUCAACCGAAAGGAUGAAAGCCAGCAUGCUAACAAUUCUACCAGCUCGCUGUGUAUCUAGGGUAUCCUUAUGUCUAUAGAAGUUUGGCUGACUGAAUUUUCAGAAGCAUCCAUGUGUAAGCCUUUCACUUUUAAAAAGGUCUGAAUCAUCUUGAACUUUACACCAGAACGGCUAAAUUUUUCCGACAUAAAACCUUUUUACAAAAUAA